AUGUCAGCAACAAGCACAAUCGAUAAAUUUUUUGAAAAUAAAAAACAAUGUCAAUUUCAAAAUUGGUAUGAUAAAUUUAAAGCCGUUACAUUUAGCAGCGUUAUUAUACCACUCCCAAAAAUUUUUAUAGAUUAUUUACAAAGUGAUGAUUUCUCAUUUGGUAAUGGUGAUUUUCCAGAAUUUAGAGUAGAAGAUAACGAUUUACUAGAUGAUAACAAUUGGUCAACACCAACAACAAUUACAAAACCAGACCCAAAAUAUUAUCAAAGUAAUAGCGAUAAUGAAGAAGAAAGUGAUGAUGAUGAUGAUGAUGAUGAAGAAGAAGAGGAAAAUUCAAGUAAAAACAAAAGAGUUAUCAAACAAACAGAUUUUCCAGAGUUAUUAGAUAAAAUUAAAACAGCAAUUGAAAAAAUGGGUGGCACUGUUAUUCCAAAAUUAAAUUGGUCAGCUCCUAAAGAUGCAAUUUGGAUGAAUACUUACAACUCUCUAAAAUGCACAACACCAACCGAUAUUUUCUUAUUAUUAAAAAGUUCUGAUUAUAUUAAUCAUGAUUUAUUACAAUAUAAAAUUAAAGAAGAAGAAGACGAUAAUACAACUACACCAUUUGUUUUAGUUUUAAGAAAAUGGCAAAAUCUUCACCCAUCAAUGGAGUUUAGAUGUUAUGUUAAAGAUAACAAGCUAAUUGGUAUCUCACAAAGAGACACCUCAACUUACUUCAACUUUUUAAAAGAUAAAAAAGAUAAAAUUUUAAAUGCAAUUAUAAAUUUUUAUGAUAAUUCUAUCAAAGAGAAAUUCAAUUCAAGUUCAUUUACAUUUGAUUGUUAUGUUACAAAAGAUGAUAAAGUUUGGGUUAUAGAUUUUAACCCAAUUCAUCCAAGUACAGAGUCAUUAUUAUUUUUAUGGGACGAACUAUUCCCAGAGUUAAUCGAAGACGAUGAAGAAAGUUUACAAGCUAAAAAAGAAGACCCAAUUAAAGAGAUUACCGAAUUGGAAUUUAGAAUUGUUCAAGAUGAAAACUCUAUCAAACCAAACCUUUCAAUGAAGAGUAGAUUACCAUUAGAGUUAAUGAAUUUAUCAAAUAGUGAUAAUAUCAACGAACUACUUCAACAAUUUAAUGACCAAAAUAAAAAAUAA